AUGUUUAAUCCUCUUGUUGCUUACUCAGAUGAUGAAAAUUCAUCUGACAAUGCAUCUUCUCAGGGGGAAGAGAACCCUUCCACUGAUACAGUACUUGCUCAGGGGGAAGAAAAUCAACCCACAAACAAACCGUCUACAUCUUCUCCAUCCUCCCCAAAAUCAGAUCAGCCUACAUCUCCACCACCACCAGUCACAAAAACAUCUCCACCACCAGUCACAGAGUCACCACCACCACCAGUCAUAGAAUCACCACCACCACCAGUCAAAGAAUCUCCAUUACCACCAAACCCAGAAACACCCAUAACUACUACUACAAAAAACCCCUCUUCUUCUCCAUCUCUCAAACAAGUUCGUCCGCACAGGACAGUAACUCGGAGUGCGAAUGUAGUCAAACCAACUGAUGGUGCGACAUCCAGUGGGAAGCGUCGUCGUCUGGGUAAGUCUCCUGUUCACUCAUCUGUUUCUCCAAUAGUUCUUGAUUCUGAAUCUGAUGAUGGCUCUGAGGGUAAAAAUUCUGAAACCCCUCAGUCAAAGUCAAACUGCAAAAAGAAAUGUGGAUAA